AUGCCAGCUUCACUACGCAGAGAUGAGAAAGACUUGGCCAAGGAUCUAGCAAGAGUUGACAACACGCGAAGGACCACAGAAUCGAUGGUCAUGUUUGAUGGUAAUGAUCCGGCAGACAAUGUCUGUAUUGGCCUCAGACUGCAAUAUGACUCGUCAAAGGCCGACUUUGAGCAUUUCUGUAGAUCAGACAAAGGUGGCAUACGUGCAGCGCUUCGAAGCUUGCUACCAAGCAGUACAGAAAAACGUAAGGAGAAGACGCAUCUGAAGGACCGUCUACAACGAAUAGAGACAGGAUAUAAGAGGACGUCUCAAAUGCGGCAAUCAUUUGAAGAAAUCUCUAUUUUUGCAUUCAUGAAAAACUUGUCAAUCUCACAAAAUGUCUAUUAUGACAUUGCAUCCAGUGAAUGGGAGGAUCGCAAUGUAGGUCUUGACGUGCCGGAUUCACCGUGGCAUUUUUUCGGAUACAAGGAGUCCGAAUUCCUCGACUGGUGGAGUUUGCGUCAAGCACUUGCACUUAAAGAUUUCGAAUGUUCAGUUGCGCCAGUAUGGAAGGAUUUAAAGGCUUUGAACAGCAGUAUCAUCCGACUGCUGGAACAGUUGUCCUCAUCUGAGUUAUCCGGAACAAAACUUGAUCCGAUAUUAAAGAUAAUCGGCAACAAAAUCGAGGCGACUGGGAGGAACAUAAUUACUCUUCUUCAGAAGCCAAAGUGUGUCAGCUUGGCAACACAGUUAUUCGGUUAUUCUGCUCCCAUCGUUUAUAUUGCUCUGGAAUGCACGACAAGAAUGCGAGAAUCAUUUAACGAGUCACGGGGGUCUGGUGGAAAUGAUUUGCCUGCAAGAGCAAAGCUCUGGGAGCAUUCAGUUCACUGCAUUGAUCGCCUUGCAGAAGCACUACUGCAAAAAAGCAGGCAGAAUUCCCCUGAUGCAUUAUUUUCUAGCACUUCUGAUGCUGAGGUUGAUGAGGCACUAGCGGCUCUGAAUGCACUCGGUAUGGAAGAACUUGGAUUGAAAGACGUUCGUUUGUCUUCACAAAAAGGACGUCAGCUUGGGUUCGGGUCGUUUUCCGUUGUUUACGAACGAUAUGUGCCGGGAGGGACGUCUUGUUACGCUGUCAAAGAACCCACUGUGAAAAGCGGUCUUGAUAAUGAUACAAUACUUAAUAGGGUCCGAAGAGAAGCAUGGAUAUGGAAACAAUUAGAUCACAAGAACAUCCUCCCUCUUCGUGGUUUCUGUCAACUCCCCAAUGAAUUUCCAGGGCUUGUGAUGGAUGUUUGUAAAUGCAGUCUCAAAGAUUUUGUGUGUGAUUGUUCGCCAGUUACUGAGAAGAAGAAGUUAGACCUGCUUCGAGGCGUUAGUGCAGGGCUUACAUACUUGCACUCCAAGAAAAUCGCUCAUGGUGAUCUUCGGGCUGACAAUAUCCUUGUGAAAGAGUUUACUGCAAACAAUGGCACCGAUAAAGACCACAUAGCAGUUAUAGCUGAUUUUGGAGUUGCAGGGUUCGUGGAUGGCGCAUCGGACCCCACAUGCACACAAAAAAGGCUUGCACCAACAUAUGAUCAAGUGGGACAUCCGAAUUGGCUCUCUCCUGAACUUUUGAUGAAGGCAAGCUCGUCGGAGAGAGGGAAAUCAGGAGGAGAAAGUUGUGUAUGUAUUUCAGCUCCCGGAGACAUAUACUCUUUCGGUUGUGUCUUUCUCGAGGCUAUGUUUGAGCGAGGCCCGUACCAGUCUUUCGAUUCUGAUGAGAAGAAGACAAAAAAACUGUCUGGCGUGUUACCUGCAACUCUGGAGGAAACGAGUGUAACUUACUUCCCAUUCCUUUGUUCUACAUGGGACUCAGAACCUGCCAAUAGACCUGUGGCGGAGUCAGUUCUUCACCAAAUGGACGAAUUUCUUAAACCCUUUGCACCAUAA